GGACUCUGUGCUCAUCCACCCACCCACCCAUCCAUCUCCUCCAUCUUCUCAUCUUCUCAUCUUCUCAUCUUCCCACCAUUCCCAAAAUGUUCUUCUACUCCUAAUUUGUACCAACCAUUAGAAAAAGUCACAUCUUCCAAUUUCUAUACUCUGUACACAUACACAGUCACUCGUUUUUUCUUUCGUCAAAUCAGACACACGCUCUUUUCUUAUCAGCACCCUUUUUUCCUCGUGUCGUGUUGCUCAUCCAUCGAUCGCUUUGUUGUUCGUGAUUCUGCCACUGCUGGCUGCCCAAACAUUGCACAAUACCGCACCACAGAAUACCAACCACACACUCGUUUUUCCACACACACUCUUCACGUACACACUUCAGUCGAUCGUAACUCUAUCCAUCGAUUGCACUUUUCUUUUUAACGUUUUCAACCGUUCUCGUAUCAUCCACCCAUUGCAUUCAGAUUCGCCCACCAUUGGAUCCCAAUCCGCCAUCAAUCAGCCUGCAAUUCGCACAACCAAUCUCAAUCUCGCUUGGCGUCCUCUAAACAGCAAUUCUGCCCCAAGACAACACUCCACCAUACUUCCAGCUAGUCUCACAGACUGCGCAAUUCAAUCGAUCGAUAAUAAUACCUACAUAUCCCACCAACUGAGCAUCAUCCAGACAAGAAAAAGUCUCUCCCUUACAGAUUGAUCUCUGAAUUUUCACCCCCCCAAAUUAAUUUAUCAACGACCAAGUCCAAGGAGGAUUAUCCUAACAAUAACCGCCCGUUGAUUAGUUUGAAAUUGGUUCCUGGUUCCUGAACACCCGAGGCUCACCACUCACAAAGCUGGUACAAAAAAAAAGUUAAUCCAUACUUAAUCUCUCUCAUUAGCCCAAUACGCGAAUCUAGUCCCGUCCAAUCAAGUCGACUUGCCUUUUCGGUCUGUGAGUGAGAUUACUGUCUAUCACUUUGGAUUCCUUCGACUCCAUUCCACCUUGAACACCAACACAACACAACUUUACACAACUCUACACUCGUUAUACGCUUCGAUAAGACGCUCCGUCGAUUCUCUGAUAUAUCCACGAGCGACGAAUUUUCCAUCGAUUUACACACCAUACUGGAGGACAAUUAAAUGGCUUAAGCGUUGCGCGUCAAGUCAAUGCAACUAUUUACGAAAGUGGAGGAGGAGAAGCCAUCGAGCUUUUAAUUCUCACAAAUUUUGCGACACGAAUAAUUACUUUUUAAUACUUUUCAGAGGGGAACAGCAAUGAGGUUCUCAUCAUGGCUGAGUCCAUCAGCUAGGAAUUCGCCAUCUAUAAUAGCCUUUUCUUCUCUCUUGACCUUGACGCCAUUAACGAAUGCGAUCACUUUCCAACCGGCUCCAUCCGCCAACCUCGAUCUUUCGAACUUAGGACGUGUAGGGCUCGGUGGAGAUUUUGAUGGCAUUUCGUUAUAUAAAUACGUCGGCCAAAAUGAAGAUGGCUACAACACUACGACCCAAUCCGUUAUGGUACGCUUUCCCACGGGUGAAUUUGAUUCCUUGGCAUCGGCCGAUGCUUCAAUCGCAGCCAUGUGCCCGUACGUCAAAUCGGAUGGGACACUCGUGGGGGUAGUAAUUGGAGGCAACUUUACGAGCUUAGGAAAUGUGGAAUCGCAAGGGAUCGCACUGUUCAAUACAAAUACAUCGGCAAUCACUGCACUUCCCGGACUAUCAGGGUCAGUUUCAGCACUCUUAUGCGACGAGACAACAAAUGCAGUCUACAUUGGAGGUUAUUUCGAUUCUACAAAUUCUUCAAACGUAAUCAAAUUGGUGGACAAUACCUUGGUCGCCCUACCUUUCUCUGGAUUUAACGGUCGGGUCAAUUCGAUCUCGAAGGCGUCAAACGGAAACAUUAUCUUUGGGGGAACUUUCACAGGACUCGGAAAUUCUACUGCAACAAUUACCAGCAAGGCUAGCAAUGCAACUGAUCAACAAAUUGUCAACAUUUCCGGCGCUAAUAUCACAAGCAGUGGCACAGCCACAACUACGGGCUUUGACGAUCCAACAAACAUUGUUUGCAAGACUAAUGGUAUUGACGGUGCCGGAAAUACUUGGUUAUUGAAGGAUGAUUCUGCUGGGUGGUGGAAAGCUACGUUUGGUUUUGGUUUCCAGCCUACCAAGUUGAGAUUAUGGAAUACGCACCAAGGCGGUCGAGGUACCAAGACUUGGAGAUAUACGGCUCAGCCAAUCAAUGGCAUCAUGAACUUUACUUACAUCGAUCCAGCUACAGGUGCUAAUGCAACAUGUACAUCGGAAUGUCCUUUGAGCAACAAUGCUAGCAUUCCAUACCAGGACUUUCACUUUGUGAAUUCAGUUGGUAUGGAUGCCUUUCAGAUUGAUAUCUCUGAUUGGUACGGUAAUGGAGGUGGCCUGAAUGGCAUUGAGUUAUUCCAGGAUGACAUUUUCUCCUAUGCUAUUAACGAUUUCAACGAGCCUGCCUGUGCUUCUUUAUCAACUGCUUCGAACACAACAUCAACCGGCCCUUGGACCAUUAGUCCCUCAUUUCAAAGUGAUGCAGAGUACCUCACAGGGAAAUUUACAGCAGAUACCGCAAGCUCAGCUUCUGUGGUCUUCUACCCCGAUAUCAGAGAGUCGGGCAACUACACAGUGAAGAUGUACACCCCAGGAUGUAUUCAGGAUAGUACAUGUACAAGCAGAGGCUCGAUUGUUGUAAAUGGAAGUGUGGCCAGUAGCACUUCUGAUACCGCCGCAACCUUCGGCUCGCCUAUCACCCUUUUCCAAUCUAAUGACUACGACAAGUAUGAUCAAGUAUACUCCGGUUACAUCGAAGCUGCCAGUGAUACCUUCCGCCCUUCAAUCACCCUCACUCCAAGUGGCCAAAUCCCUGGAAACUCGGAGAAGUUUACCAUUGUAGCUCAGCGAGUUGGGUUCAUCUUGAAUAGCGCGACUAGCACAGGAUUAAAUGGUCUUUUCGAAUUCGAUCCAAGCCAAAGCGUCAUCAAUACUUCCGAUUUCCAGAACAAUACAAUCGAUCAAGCUGGUAUGAAACUCAAUAACGAUGCUGAGGUCAAUGUUGUUGUGACUUCUGGCGACACUAUCUUCGUUGGUGGCAAUUUUUCUGCAACAGGAUACGAAAACGUAUUCUCAAUCUCAGACUCCGGUCCAAGCUCAUUAGAUUCCAGAGGAUUAAACGGAGAGGUCCUCACUAUGCUCCUUGAUGACUCAACCCUUUAUGUUGCAGGAAACUUCAGCAGCAAUUCAGGCUCAACGACUACUGCAGGUUUGAACAAUAUCGCCGCAUAUGAUACCGCUGAGAAUAAAUGGAGUGCACUAGGAGCCGGUGUUAAUGGAAAGGUUACAUCGGUGGUACCAAUAUCAUUGAAUAUCACCGCUAACAAACCCGAGAACGUCAUUACCUUGACUGGAGAUUUUAACCAGCUCCUUGCAUUUGGAAGUAACUCUUCAGUUUCCGUUUCUGGUUUCGCCAUUUGGGUACCAUCACACGACAAUUGGUUGCAGAACCUUAAUAUUGCGGCUAUGUCUAUCAACGGUCAACUCACCGCCGCAGUAAAUGCCUCCGGCGACGCCAUCUUUGCUGGUUCACUCUCAUCCUCGCAACUUAGCGCCAACGGAGUAGUUUCUCUCGCAUCAGGACUGAGCCCAUUCCCCGUCAAGAUUCAACCUACCCAAGUGCAGUCUACAUCAACCCUGUCGAAACGAAAUACUGCUAGUCAAAAUGUCAGUGGUGUUGUAACUGGGCUCUUUUACGAGAGUGGCUCGCGUAAUAUUACAAUCCUCGGUGGUCAUUUCACCGCAACUUCUACCAAUGGUACUGACGUUCAUAACCUCGUCUUUAUUGAUGGCGCGAAUGAUAACACUGUCACUGGAAUCGGAUCUCAAAUUGACACAGAUUCUACCUUCCGUGCAUUGGCUAUACAAGACGACAUUUUGUAUGCUGGGGGGUCUGUUACCGGGACUGUUAGUGGAGGAGAAAUCAAUGGGCUUAUCUCAUACAAUCUUAAGACUUCAAGGUUUUCAUCACAAGCACCAGCUCUCGGUGGAUCAUCUGUUGCUGUCAAUGAUAUUGCGGUGAGGACGAAGACUGGUGAUUUGUAUGUUGGUGGAAGUUUCACUCGAGCCGGAUCUUUGGAUUGCCCAGGUGUUUGCCUAUUCACGGCGUCUGCAUCCCAAUGGAAUCGACCAGGAACAAAUCUUGAAGGUACUGUCAACACUAUGCUUUGGGCUAGUGACACCUCUCUUAUUGUAGGCGGAUCAUUGACAGUCAACGGCGCCAAUGUAUCCGUAGCGACUUACGAUACCAAGGCUCAAACAUGGACCACCGCCACUGGUGCAGAAAAUAUCCCAGGAACAGUAACAUCUCUUGUCCCAGCGACUAGUGACAUCUCAGAGUAUUGGGUAGCUGGUACUGCAAAGAAUGGAUCAGCUUUCAUUAUGAAAUAUGAUGGUACUAACUGGCUCUCGGUUGGGGAUGUAUUCGAAAGCGGUUCAGUCAUUCGUGGCCUUCAAAUGAUGCCUCUUUCAUCAAACCAUGACAACUCUGAUCUUAUUCCUUCCAAUCAGGUUUUGAUGCUUACAGGUGCUAUGGUGUUACCCACCUUUGGCAACGUCUCGGCAGUUCUUUUCAAUGGAACCACCUUUCAACCUUUUGCUCUCACAAGCAGCACCUCAAAUACCGGAGGUAGUCUGUCACACAUUUUCUCACAAGAAAAUAACUUCUUCAAAUCAUCAGGCGGUCACCUUGCAGUUGGCUUGGUCGUACUCAUUGCUUUAGCGAUCUCUCUCGCAUUAAUAUUCCUUAUCGUUGUUGCAGGUGUACUUGCAGAACGUAUCAGAAGAAAACGAGAGGGUUAUAUGCCUGCACCAACAAAUAGUUACGACCAAAAUAAUGGAAUGUCAAGAAUUCCUCCACAACAACUAUUCAGUUCACUUGGUCAAGGUCGAACCGCAGCCGAAAAAGCACCCAUGAUUUGAGAUGACAGUAUUACGACGGCGUAAAUGGGAGGGAAGGGGCUUGGUUUAAAGGCGUUCUGGAUAGGCUGAUAUGCCUUUCAUUAUUUUUCUUUCAUUGUUCAUUGUUUCAGCAUACCCAUUUGGAGUUUUACAUAUCAAAGUGAUGCAUUUAUUGCUCCAUGGAGCGAUCCGCUUUGCUUUCUUAAUUUUUCGGCAAUUAUGCAGAUCCAGCGGCGUCACCAGUUUCUUUCUAUUUUCGCAUUACAGCCAGGCUUAAUGUUUUUACACCAAAACUCAUCGGACAUAUUACAACACAACUCGAAAUCUCUUUCUCAUUACUCACACUUUGUACAAAGAUAAAGAAAACAAUACAAUCUGCGGUCACCGACAUAACGGCUGCGAAGGGUGGAAUUAGCGUGGUAGCGUGGAAUGGAUUUUUUUUCUUCAAAGACUAGCUAGCGAGAUUACUGAAGUAGAUCUUGAUACCUUUCUGCGUGAUUACAAGUACCUCAUGUAUGGAUAUUUCAUUUCGCACUUGUAGAGGCGAAAGUGAGAAAAUACAUAGGGCUUGAUAGUAAUGUUUUAAAGUUAUACCUUUUUCUUUUCCUUUUUUUUACUUUGUUUUUUUUUUUUUUUUGUGAGAAGUGGAAGAUGAUUUGGAGGAAUUGAUUUCCCAGGAAAGAGAAUUAGGGAGGGAAGCGAUGAAUUUAAGGAGGGGAGAGUAGAGAGAAGGGAGAAAAGUUUAUGAAGGUGGUGAAGAUAGUGAAGAAAUAAAAAUCA